GUGAGUGGACACUAUCUAUAGCACUGAUACACAUGCAGGUCUGUAGUGUAUGUAGCCUGCUGUACCUCACACCGCCUCAAUUAGCAUUUAGCUAGCGAGUUUACAGCUGAACUGUCGGCUAUGAUGAGAUUAGCUUUCACCCGGGGAAGAGCUUUAGGAUUUUUAUAAUGACCUCCACACAAAUAUAUACAAAUGGACUACUUGGUACAAACAUUUAGCUAAUUCUGUGCUCUAUGUAGCGUAACUGUGGAAAUCCACGAUGCCUUCAGCGAAGGUGUUGAAGAACACGCAGUACAUCGAGCUGGGCAGUUAUCAGUACUGGCCUGUGCUUGUGCCCAGAGGAAUCAGACUGUACACUUAUGAGCAAGUGCCAGGCUUUCUGAGGGAGAACCCCUACAUCACUGACGGCUACAGAGCUUACCUCACCUCCAGACUGUGUAUUAAAAGUCUUUUCAUCCUUUCCAAUGAGACUGUGAACAUCUGGAGUCACCUGCUCGGGUUCUUCCUGUUCUUCUCCUUGGGAGUGUACGACAUGGUGGCUGUGCUGCCUAUGGCCGGAGCCUCCAGAGAAGAUUAUGUCAUCUACUCUAUAAGCCUCUUCUGCUUCCAGGUGUGCAUGCUGUGCUCAGUGGGAUAUCACCUGUUCUGCUGUCACCGUUCGGAAAAAAACAGCCGGCGCUGGAUGGCACUGGAUUACGCAGGGGUCUCUAUCGGAACGUUGGGCUGCUACGUUCCAGGUGUCUUCUACGCCUUCUACUGCAAUAACUACUGGCGGCAGGUGUAUCUGGUUAUGGUUCUGGCAAUGACCCUAGCGGAGUUCUUUGCCCAGAUACACCCACUUUACUUGACAAAGAAGUGGCAGAAGCUGCGCUCCGUCAUCUUCUGCUCUGUAGUGGCCUACGGCCUCAUCCCUACCAUCCACUGGAUCUGGCUUAGUGGAGGUUUCAGCUCAGAAAUAGUGCAGGACUUUAUUCCCAGAGUGCUCAUAUUGUAUUUGCUUGCUACAGUUGCCUUCAUCUUUUAUGUCUCCAAAGUUCCAGAGCGCUACUUUCCAGGUCAGCUGAACUACAUCGGCUCGAGCCACCAGAUUUGGCACAUACUGGUGGUGCUCAUGUUCUACUGGUGGCAUCAGUCUGCACUGUUCAUCACUAACUACAGACACUCACACCCUUGCCCUGACUACCUCCAGCAUGCUUAGGGCAGAAUCAUCAGCUCUGAGACAGACGCACAACUGGAAUAUGAUUCACAAGAGAGGAACUUUGUUUAACGCACAGCUUUUUUUUUUUUUUUUUUUUUUGCCAAGCGAUUGUAUAUCAGGUGAGAUUAAUUCCUGACUCUGUUGCUAAUGCUAAUCACGACUACAGGCCAUUUUGGUCACUAUGAGAGUCUUUAGUGAGUCUCAAAUGUAUUAGGUUCCUGUCCUGUUAAACAAUUAGUUCUGUAAAUACUGUAGAAAAGUGCCUAGCAAUUUUAUCCGAUGCAUUUAAAGUGAAUGAUAGGACCAUCCUACUGUAGCUGAUGAGAUGUGAAGUUCUUUUUUUUCAAAAACACAUCAGAGUGGCAAUGCAGUAUUCAUCACUAUUCCAUCAGGCUCAGUGAAUGAUAAGCAUAUGUUCAUCAUCAUCAGUACUUUUAUUAGAAACGAUGAGGCUGUUUCACUAACUUUCAGUGGGGUAGAGGGAAAUAUACGAGGAUUGUUUAAUAUUUAAAGAUAUUUCUUGCAAAUGUGUUGUCCAUAAACUGCCCAGUGGUAUUUUGAUAUUAUACCAAAGAUGCUGCAACAUUGGAGCUUAAAAUCUUCGGAGGAAAUGAAACCAACUGCUGUUAGUUCACCGUGAUAUCAAUAUGGGGAAAUUUGUCACCACGAUCCCUUUUUUAAAACAAAAAUGUACCUAAUUGUAAAUCCACAAAACGUACGUUACAUGAGGUUCUUUGUAGCACUGACUUUUUUUUAAGGAUUUCCAUAAGCUAUAAUAUACAAUGGGACCUUAAAAAAAAAAAAAGUAAAAAAUCUUUUGUAUUAAUAAGACAUCUGCCUUUUACUGCAAAAGAAAUUGUACUAUUGCAGCUUUUUAAAAUGUAACUUGUUUUUUCUCAAUUUUUGUUGUUUAAACUGUUUUGGGUGCAAUAUUAUUUUUUUUCCACAGUUAUUAUAGGUAAUUCUGGAAAAAAACAAAAAGCAUACAAUUUCCGUGUUAGUUUGUAGUCUUAAAGAAAGAUGGCUGUCCUAGCAAUAUUCUCAUUUUUUACUUGGAGAGAUUCCUUUAAUUAAGUUUGUUAAAUAACACUAUAUACACACAUAUAUAACAAAAUUAAGACUGUUGCUAAAUAAGAAUUCAACAUUUUAUUGCAUUGUUAGAGAUCAGUGUAGCAAGACAAAUCAAACAAAUAAGAAAAAUAAAGACAGUAAAUAUUGCAAUGCUAGUUGGUCAAUUGAUAAAAGAAGCUAAAACUGUUUCUGUAGUCAGUGAUGUCCCCUGUGCUGUAAAAGUCUUUGUCCCAUUUAUAUGUUCUGUAAAAACAUCACUCUCUCCUCAGUUCCAGUUAAAUUGUGUGUAUGUUUAUAUGCUUUGUCUUGUGUUAGUCGAGUUGAACUCCUUAUUCUGUACACAUUAAAAUUGAACAGAAUACAUUC